UUUUCCUGAGUGUACUGGACGUCACUGCGUGCAGUUUUACAGAAAACUCUUGUUGUUUUAUUUUACAGUAUUUAUAGCCGCGGAUUCCUAAAAGGUAAACAGUAAACGUGAGAGUGACGUCAUCGGCCGGGGACAGAGGAGGCGGAUUGGAAGCGGAUUUAGGGAUCAGGGUUUCGGAGACGGCAGCUGCACCUGGACCACUUUACCCGGGUCACUCCUGCCUCUGCGGACCCGUUUCAUUAAAGAGACGUCGCGCCGCUUCGUGAUAAACGCCGGUAAAACACGUUAGGACGUCGCGAGGACACGCAGCAACACGGUUUCCUUGACAACGGUGCGGGCGCGUCAUUGCCGAUCAGCUGCUGACAGAUUAUUGAUCCACGCGGCGAUGAUCGUGGCUCGAUGUAGACUUCACGUCAUGUUUGUGGUGUUGACCCUGGCCUCGCCUGUCCCGCAGGUGUCACGCUGCCACCAUGUCGUCCGGGGACUCGAGCGGUGACGGUGGGAAGUGGCUGGACGCUCACUACGACCCUGUGGCGGGCCUGUACACCUUCUCCUCCUGCGUGGACCUGGCCGACCUGAGCGGCGACGGGGAGACUCGGCUGGUGGUGGGGGACCUGGGCUCCGGCUCGACGGGCAUGAAGCUGAAGGUGUACCGGGGCACGGCGCUGAUGAGCGAGAGCACCCUGCUGGACCUGCCCGCCGGCCUCGUCGCCUUCUUCAUGGACCUGCACGAGCCGCGCAUCCCCGCCGUGGCCGUGGCGUCCGGGCCCUGCAUCUACGUCUACAAAAACCUCCGUCCGUACUUCAAGUUCACGCUGCCCGGCCUGGAGGUCAACACGCUGGAGCAGGACGUGUGGCGGCAGGUGAGGGAGGGUGAGAUCGACCCUCUGACCCUGAAGGAGAUGUUGGAGAGCAUCAGGAAGAAGGCCGACGUCCCGCUGUCCGUCCGCUCGCUCAGGUUCCUCUCUCUGGAGACCGCCGACAUGGACGAGUACGUCCACCUGCACAAACAGCAGCCAAUCAAACGGCAGACCGUCAUCACCUGCAUCGGGACUCUGAAGAAGAGCACGGCCGACGAGGACGGCGUCAGCUGUCUGGUGAUCGGCACGGAGAGCUGCGACGUCUACGUCCUCGACCCCGAAGCGUUCAUCGUCCUCUCCAAGAUGUCGCUGCCCGCCGCUCCCACCUUGAUGGACGUUACGGGUCAGUUCGACGUGGAGUUUCGCAUCACGGUGGCGUGUCGCAACGGCAACAUCUACAUCCUGCGCAGGGAGUCGGAAAAACCGAAGUACUGCAUCGAGCUGCCGUCUCACCCGGUGGGUCUGGUGAGGGUCGGGAAGAACGUGGUGGUCGGCUGCACCGACGAGAGCCUGCAGGGCUUCACCCAGAAGGGGAAGAAGCUGUGGAAGGCCGUCCUCCCCGCUCCCAUCAUCACCAUGGCUGCCAUGGACCUCCCCACCAGGGGCUUCCAGGCGGUUCUUGUGGGUCUGGCCAACUGUGAGGUCCAGCUGUACCGGGACAAGAACCUGCUGAGCACCAUCAAGACGCCCGACGUGGUCACCAGCAUCUGCUUUGGCCGGUACGGGCGCGAGGACGGGACCCUCAUCAUGACCACCAAGGGAGGGGGCCUGAUGGUGAAGAUCCUGAAGAGGACAGCGGCCUUCGAAGACAGGGACACCGCCCCCGGGCCGCCGCUGGCCCAGAGCAUCCGCCUCAACGUGCCCAAGAAGACCAAGCUGUACGUGGACCAGACACUGAGGGAGCGCGAGAAUGGCCUGGCCAUGCACAACGCCUUCCAGAUGGACCUGAGCCGACUGCGUCUGGCCACCGCCAAAGCCUACGUCAAAGCCCUGGAGUCCAGCCUGACGCCGAUGUCCUCCAGCCUCACCGAGCCGCUCAAGAUGAACGCUGUGGUGCAGGGUCUGGGCCCAUCCUUCAAACUGACCCUCAACAUCCAGAACACGGCAGCAUGUCGGCCCGUCAUGAACCUGGCCAUCAGCUUUCUGUACGACGAGAGCCUGUACAGGAUGAGGAACUCGUACAUGAGGAUCCCACUGCUGGUGCCCGGACUCAUCUACCCGGUCGAGACCUUCGUGGAGUGCACCAGCGACAUGGGCAUCUCUGACAUCAUCAAGGUGUUCGUGCUGCACGAGGGGAAGAGCUCCCCGCUGCUGACCGCCCACAUCAACAUGCCCGUCAGCGAGGGACUGACGCUCAACUGACGACUUUAUUACCCCUUGUAGUCGGUUCAGAUCGAAGUCGCUCCGAAUCCGCUCCGCUGGUUGUUUUGAUCUUCACACGAGUAAGUUGUGUCUAAAUUGUUGUGUCUGCAGAGACAACUCGUACCAACCGACCGACCGGAGUCUAAUUCAGCCGGACUAACUAACACCCUGAGACUGGUUUAAAACAAGACUCUCGGUCCAGUCAGACCACCAACAGGACCGUGAGAGAGUAGAUGUCUUGACUGCUGAUAGAUUUAUGUUAAGAAAGCGAUCUCUGAUCUGUAGAAGUGCUGUGUAGCCUGUAUAUAAAUAUUAGAUCAUCUGGUGCCCAUGGUAAACCUGUGUCUGCACGUGGUUUAACGUGGUCCCCUAUUUGUAAUGUUGUCAAUAUAUUUAUAAAAGAUCCAGUCUGGACUAAUAAAGCUGAUUAAAGUUA